GCUAGUACUUCCCAAGUAGUGGGAGAUGUGAAUAUAGUUUCUACGAGGCCCAGACCCUUAUGGAGAACUACUUUUUAUCUUCUAGUGAGAGGAUGAAGUAACAAAAUGCUAUUGAUAGGAGCCCUCCCAUUGGGUAUUUCUCAUGAAUGAUGAAACUUCUACAAAUAAUUUGACUGAAAUUGAGGCAUAAGAAGGUAUCUGGCUUCCUGCUGAGUCUGAAACACUCCCUGUUCUCCCAGUUCUGGCGACACCUCUUUCCACUUCUUCCUGUGGGCAGCCAGUCAUGAGGGGAAGAGCCAGCUGAAUGUGCAUAAGCAUACCAGGAUUAAGCAGGAAGGCAGUUCCUCUCCUCAUCUCAGGAUAUCUCAGAGACUGUGCUGCAAUGACCACAGCAAGGUACCGGCCCACAUGGGACCUGGCCCUCGACCCACUGGUGUCUUGCAAACUCUGUCUCGGGGAGUAUCCGGUGGAGCAGAUGACAACAAUAGCCCAGUGCCAAUGCAUCUUCUGUACUCUGUGCCUGAAACAGUAUGUUGAGCUCUUGAUCAAAGAAGGACUAGAAACUGCAAUUAGCUGCCCUGAUGCUACUUGCCCUAAACAGGGCCAUCUACAGGAGAAUGAGAUUGAGUGCAUGGUUGCAGCUGAAAUUAUGCAAAGAUAUAAAAAGCUACAGUUUGAAAGAGGUAGGUGCCCCAGUAUAUUAGCUUGUUAUGAUUCUCAUGGAGUACCUGGUUCUGCUUUCAAAAUGGAAGAGGACGAUGCGCCGAUCAAACGCUGCCCCAAGUGCAAAGUCUACAUUGAACGUGAUGAAGGCUGUGCCCAGAUGAUGUGUAAAAACUGCAAACACGCCUUCUGCUGGUACUGUCUUGAGUCUCUUGAUGAUGAUUUCCUCUUGAUACAUUAUGAUAAAGGCCCCUGCCGGAACAAGCUGGGCCACUCCAGGGCUUCUGUGAUCUGGCAUCGGACACAGGUCGUGGGCAUUUUUGCUGGAUUUGGGCUCCUGCUCUUGGUGGCCUCGCCUUUCCUGCUCCUGGCCACUCCGUUUGUACUUUGCUGCAAGUGUAAGUGCAGUAAAGGGGAUGACGACCCGCUCCCCACCUAGAGGAAGGCAAGAUGCUGGACCAAGAUCCCUGCCGCCUCCGGGAAACGCGGCUCUCCCCCAGCCCACCCCGCCGUUCCCCUCUCACUAAACAUCUUUCUUGCCUUAUGUGCCCCAUUGAGCUUCAUAGUGUCACGCUGGAUGCCGUGAUUUCAGGGACAGACAUCAGAACGUUUGCCAAGGCGCCAGUUGCAGUCCACUGGGCAUGUGGAGGGCAAGGCAGGCGUGGGUAGGGCACAUCCCCACAAAACCAGUCCCUGCUGACCUGACAAGGGAGGUGCUGUAAGAAAAACGCUAGGCAGUUUUCUCCCUCUGGUGAUAGACUAGAAAUAUCUCGUAGUAGCCUUAGAGACCUUCUCGUACAAAGCAUUGCCCCAUCUCCUUAUUAGCUUCAAGAUGGUGUCAUGUUGUUGAGAGAAGUCUUUUAAGGAUUGCAACUUCCUUCAGACAGAAUGCGAUUAUUCCGACUUGAGAAAAGCCCUCUGUUUAUGACAACUGUUUUUAUUACUAAUGGCAUUUAGUAAAAUCUUUCUAGAAGGCUGUUUUUUUUCCUUUCCAACUGAGUAGUGAAAACCAACAAGGUGCAUAUAAACCAUCCUAUGCCUUUCUUGAAAUUUGCAUUUUAAAAAGUUAGAGCUAAAUGACUUUUCUGGCUUGGACACUUCAAGAGAUUUAGAAAGCCUUAGGUGCUUUUUUUUUUUUUUUUCUUGAAACUCGUUGUAAUGACUUUUUGAAAGCUGUAAUUUGUGUAUUGUUAUAAACAUGAUUCCUAUGUAGUUGCAUAUCUUUGAAAAUGCUGUUGUGUUUAAAGGAACAUCUCCGUCAUUAGUCUGGAUUUGCCUUUUGUUUUUUCUCUCCUUGAGGAUUCGACUAAGCUUAUCAAGCUCAUAACUUCUCACCCAGGUACCAGCAACUUUUUUUUUUUUUUUUUUUUUUUUAUGUCUUAAAAUCAGGUAUUUUACCUUGAAACAGUUCUAUCACAGUGGUUAUGGUUUGGCCGCUUGCCUUGGUCUUUUCCAGCAGGCAGUGAGAAGAGGAUAGUAUUACUGAUCCUUAAAGGACGAGGACUGGAGGAUUCGUGGUGGCUGGGGGGGAGCCUUCGAGAUUUCCACUUUCUUUUCUUUAAAUUGUUUAAUUACUUUGCAGAAAUCAUGUGUUACAUAGUUCCAAGUCCUGUUGCUACCAACAUCCCCCUUGCUGAAAAAGCCUUCCGUUUCAUUUAAUUAUUUUCAUGGGGAGAUUUUCCACUUGGUUUUUUGCAAGCCUGUGUGUGGCUGUGACUAUGACAUGAAAAUACACUAAUCAGUAAGGAAACACGGAUUACUCCAUUGAUUGAAACAAGAGAGCUGACUUCAGAACAGCUUUUGAAGACAUAUGUGCUUUUAAAGAGUUAAGGCUAGGACUCCUAAAAAUAACAAAGACAAACGUUUUAAAUUCAUUAUAGUGGGAUUUUUUUUUUUAACUUAUUAAGAGUUCCACAGAUGAGUAAAACAAAAGAGAAACCUGACGUUUAUCAUAAUUAUUUGCUCAUUGCAAACACGUGUUUCAAAAAAAUGGGUUGUUUUUGUUUGAGUCCUUCACUUGUGUAGCUUUUUGAGGUCCUGAUUAUCUCCCACCCCCAUAGAAAUGUCUUCUUUUUUUCU